AUGGCUAACAUGGUCUUUGUUGGUGUUACGGUAGCUGCUGUUUCUCUACCUCCAUUACCCAUUACAAACAAUGCUCUCACUUUCAGUUUCCUUCAUAAAAGAUACAGACUUCAUCUGAAUUGUCCGCAAACCAAAAAUAGAACAACCUCUCUCUCUUCUUCCUUCUCAAUCUCAUCAUCACCCCUCAGAAACAAAGGUGGUUGUUCUGUGUUGGCGUGUCUCCCUCCUUCUUCUUCUGAAUCCUCAACCUCACCAUCUUUCACUGCUAAACCCACUUCCCCUUUUCCUUCAACUAAGCUUUAUGUCAGUGGGCUAUCAUUUCGAACCACUGAAGAAAGUUUGCGAAAUGCUUUUAAGAAUUUUGGUCAACUCGUGGAAGUCAAGCUAGUGAUGGACAGAAUUGCAAAUAGACCAAGGGGGUUUGCUUUUCUUCGUUAUGCAAAUGAAGAAGAAUCUCAGAAGGCUAUUGAGGGAAUGCAUGGAAAGUUUUUGGAUGGUAGGGUCAUAUUUGUGGAAGUUGCCAAACCGAGAUCGGAGCUACCACAACGGCACAAGGAAGGCACAAGAUUGUAA